UGUACAGACAGCACAGACACACAGCUGGGCAUCUCUCCGACAAAUGCACGUAUACACACGUACUCUCACACACACACACACAAGGACAGACACGUAUAUAUAUAUUCAAAAACUCGAGGCAGCUAACGCCCAGCCGGCGCCUGAACAGAGGAUGGAGGAGAAGAAAGCGUCACACACCUGACACAUCGAUGUGCACCGCCCACGCUCGCUGUUCUCUGACCUGCAGCGUGUAGACCUCCAAAUCCGCACAUGUGAACGAAAGAGUGGCGGCCAAUGUCGCCCAGUCCUGCUCUUCUUCCAAGCUGCCCCGAUAGGUCCUGUCGGUGGGCAGCUCGUCCCUCGUUAUCCACUGCUGGCAGCUCCGCAGGUCGCCAGCCGGCGCGCCGUUCGCCAUCCCCAGCCACAGGCGGCCUUCACCGAUGGACACCUUGCCAGCCCCACCCUUGUCGCCUUUCACCACUCCCUCGGGGCCGGCGACCGAGACGUACUGCACGUCGUCAGGUAUGUUGAUCUUGGUGAUGCCCUCGUCGCCCUUGAAUGCACCACUAACGGAGUAGAAGGUCACAGGGCACUUAGUGGUCCGGACUUCCGUGGCGUCCACCGGCUGCUUCAGUUGCCCCUUGACAUGACUCGCGAAGGUGUGGCUGCUGGUGUCUUGGAUGAUGAACAGCAGGUCGGCAGCCUUGCCCACCUUAGCGAAUAGGGAACCAUACGUCCAGCCGUCGCGCCCACCCCUGACACACACACACAGACAGCGAAGUAGAACACACCGCUGGAUAGAAAGAGCGGAUAUGCACCACCUAGGUGAUUGACUCACUUGAAGAGGAGCUGUGCAGUCAUAGGUGUGUCGGCCGCCAUGUCGACGAGGGCCUGCAGGUCACCGGGAGAGAUGAUGGGGGCAAUAGGACCAGUGCUCCACACCUGCAGAAAAGUAGGCACAGACAAAGACACCAACACACACGUACACACACAAGCAUGUCGCGUCACAUGCAUGCCAUUGACAUGGCGCUUGUAUGUCUGUCCUACCUGGUAGACCUCCAGCCGUGAGGCUGUGAAGAACUGGUUGGAGGCCAGAGUGGCCCGAUCCUCUUCAUCGAAGCCGCCCACAUACGUCUUGCCGUCGGGCAGCUCUCCCUUUUUCAGCCACUGGCAGCAGCGAUGAAGGUCGCAAGCCCGUCGCCCUCCCUCACCCUCACCCGCGCUCUCCCCCACGCCCAACCACAGCCGGCCAUAAGCGAUGGACAGCUUCCCCCCCGACGCCUCCUUGUCGGCCCCCCUGUCGCCCUCGACCGCCCCCUCAGUGCCAGCGACCAACACCCACUGAUCGUUGUGUGGCACUGUGAUCUUGGUGAUGCCCUCCUCCUUGAAUGCGCCGCUUAUGGAGUAGAGGGCCACUGGGCAGCCGGUGAGGAGCGUCGAUUUGGGGUCAGUGGGUGGGAUGAGGGCGCCGUCCAUGUGGCAUGCGAGGCGGUGUUGGUGCUCUUGGUCAUCAAUGACGAACAGCAGGCCGCCUUGCGCGUUCUUUACACGCUCAAGCAGCGCCUCGAAGUUGCGGCCGUCUUGCGAACUCCUGACAGGCACACACGAUAGCAGAUACGAUCGUCUCCCCACCCCUCUUCUGUGUGUUGUCUCCCUGACUCACUUGAAUAGACAUUUGAUGUUGCUGCGUGGUUUGCCGAUCAUCGAGAGGUACACUUGCUCCAUGAGGCCGUACAUCUCACACGCAUACAGCAGCUCACGGGGCGAACGGCUUGCCGGCAACGAGAUGACGGCCUCGGGGGCCACCCGAAUACGACGAACGUAAUCCACCACCCUGCAGACAACAACACCACAGAGGAUUGACGGUCUUGCUAGCGGUCUGUUGUCAUGCUUGCUACUUGUGGAAAAUGUCUGCAGAUACAUCAACGACGGGCCCUGCAUACUUGCACUCACACACACACACACACACACACAGAGUAGUCCGCCGAGCCAUCGCUUCUCUGCCUGUGUCCUCCCUACUUGGUGAAUCUGUCGUGCAGUGUUUGGAAGUCCGCUAGAGUAGCGUCAGUCGUGGCCACCGCACCGCCACCCACCCUUACCCUGAGCACCUCAUCGCCCCCCGUGCCGCCCGCCGAUGUCUUGAUGAAGGGGCCCAUGACGGCCAUGAAGUCCCGGAAGGCAGCACUCUUCUCGUCGCCAUGCUGCGCCGCGAUACCGAGGGCCGUCUUUGCCAUGAAUCGGCUGUGGUAGAAGGCCAGCGACGGCGGACAGCCCUCAUGGAUAUCUCGCCUGCUGUGAAGCUUCACAGCCAACCUGACAGCACACACAGACAGACACAGGGGAACAAUGGCCACUGUUGCAAUGUCAGCAUGCCGCCUGCCCUGCCCUGCCAGCCAUGUUGUUUCCCUCUCACCAUGUAAAGUAGAAGGGGUCUGUAUCGAUGAAAUGAGUGCCGUUGGCGUCUUUGAGCAUCCAAAAGUCACCAACAUUGAGCACCAUCUCUCGCUGACUUGUUGCUGUCGUCUUGUCGUCUUGCUUCGACGUGAACGUUCCCAUAUUGAAGAAAUGAUGAAUCAAAGCAGACAGAUAGCUUAGCACCGACACGGAGAACUCUUCUGUGGCCAGAUCCGCGGCGCUG